AUGGAUCAACGACAGCUUAUGUGUUUAGGAAGGGUUCUUCUUAAGAAAACUCGUAUACUGUUGCUGGAUGAAGCUACAGCUUCAAUAGACACUGAAACAGAUUUUCUUAUUCAUGCCACAGUUCGUAGAGAGCAUGCUGAAUGCACAGUUAUUACCACAGCACAUCGAAUCUUCACUAUAAUGGACGCUGACUUGGUUCUUGUGCUCGAUGGAGCUUAUUUUCCCAUAAUGGUGAAAUGUCCAGAAUUGAUGGUAGAAUGUGCAAGAGGAUAUAAUCCCGAUGCCAGAGAAAUUAGAAUUGUUGAUGGGCGCCUGAUGGCUAAGCUAGAUGGAAUUUCCAUCGCCAUCAUUCUCCGAUUGCCAUACAAGGAGAAAUUCACUUACAUUGAUAAACAAAAGGCUUACAAGUAUUUCAGUGAUAACAGGAGUAAAUGCCUGAAUAAUUUAGCAAAAGAAUGGAUGAUGACAUCUCGAGGAGGACAAUCUUAG